GCUGCGGAGGCCGAGGACGCCUUGCCGGAGGAGGCGCCCAGGAAGCGCCGGCAGCGCAAGGCAGAGAAGCAGAGCCUCCCGGAGGGUGCAGACGCAAGCCCAGAUGAGGCGCCAAAGAAGCGCAGGCAGCGCAAGGUCGCGCGGACCGAAGCCGAUGGCGACGACGAGUCGCAGGCCUCAGGCGGUCGCACCCGCGGAGGGAAGGGACAGAAGCGAGCCAGGACAAAGGCGGCAAAGCAGGAGUCCGCGGAUGAAGAGGGGCCAGACGAGGAGUCUCUGGCAGCCUGGAAGCAGCUCCUGAGCACUCGUGCAGGGAGCGAGGACUUGCGCUUGGCCUUCUCGCUGCGGCCAAUGACGCCCCAGGAGCUGCGCCAGCUUGGUCCAGAGGCUUACCUUGGAAAGAAGAAGGAGCCAGGAGCACAGCCAAUCUUCAACCGCCAGGGCAAGGUAAAUCUUCAGUUCUUCCUUGCCAGCUACAAGGCCUCGGAGAAGCGCCGAGAAGCUGACAAGGAUGCUGCAAAUCCACACUACCAAUUCCUGCGCUGGCUGAUCAAGCAGGCCCGCGAGCUGCGAGUUCUCAAUCAGAAGGAGGUGCGCCGCGGCCAGAUCUCCAAGCCUCGCCUGGAGCAGGCAAAGAGCACUGGCUACACUUUCGCAGGUGGAGCCAACUUGGCUCAGGCCUCGGACGAUGAAGGGCGUCAGCGCAAGAAGGAUCCAGAUGAGCGGGAGAAGCAGGCUAGUGCAGACAUUCUGCAGCGUGAGCUUCGGUUUCCGGAGCGUGUGACAAGUGAGUCCCAGCUAGCAGAGUCUUCGGAGCGGCUGCGGCAGCAGCUGCGGAAUCAGGCAGAGUCCAGGAAGGACAAGAUCAAAGCUCACUCGAGCAAUGGCCGGGAUCUUCAGUCCAUGUCCUCCAUUCUCACCGCGCCUUCUCUGUCCUUUGACUGGGUUGAGCCGGAGUCUGAUGAGGAGAAUAACCCCAAUGGCAUCUUGCAGGUGGACCUGCCAGACAGCGCGAAGAGCUCCGACAAGAAGCGCGCCCUGCUUCGGGAGACCAUUCAGCGCUCCGUAUCCUUCAAGCAGGCCGAGGUCCUCAAUGCCAAGGCAACUCGCUCACUGUCUUCGGCAUCGCUGUCCAACGGAAAGUCGCCAGGGCUUGCUGAGGCUGACAAGCUGGCGGACAAGUUGGCAGACAAGAUAGCCAAGGCAAAGAAGGACCAGACAGGUGCGGAACCAAGCGCAGCUGCUGCUGAGGCCCCUGAAGCCGAAGAGGUUGCUGAAGCUGCUGUCAUGGCUUCAGGCAUGGCUGCCCCAGCACCGCCAGAAGCAGAAGCAGCUACAUUGCCUGCAGUGGCAGGCUCUGCGGCGUCUGAAACUGCAGAUCUUGAGGCAUCAGCUACUCCGCACCUUGAAGCCGGUGCAAGCUCUUUGGGCAGAGACGUCACAGAACUUCCCACCGACGAGGUCCCCGCAGAAGGCAAGGCUCCAUCGCCGGAUCUGGAGACUGCAAUCGCCAAAGACGAAGGCCUGGUGUCACAGGUUGCAGCACCUCCAGGAGAUGACUUGGACGUCAGCGCGACAUUGCCCUUUGAAGUCAUCCUGGAGCCAGCGGAGAAAGGCCCGCACGAGGCGCCUGGCGAAGAUGUAGAUCUUUCGGCGACUCAGCCUUUCGAGGUAGUGCUAGGUGAUGCGGAGGUCAGUGAAGAUAAGCCUGCUGACACCUUGGAGCACCAAGCCACAUCGGAAGCACUGAAGGUUGGUCCCGAUGCCUCGUGGGAUGCUCAGCCGCCCAGCAGCGAGGAGGAAGGCGAGGAGGACGCGAAUAUGUCAGCCGCAGAGCGACGCGAGUGCGCCUGGCUCCGACACCAGCGCCAGAAGCGCCGCGAGGAGGAGGACAAGGAGAAUCAGAAGCUGAAGUCCAAGGUGGCCAAGGUCGGCCGCCACCAGAUGCGACACUCUGCAGAUGAUGAGGAGGAGGACGGACUGUUCCUCGGCAAUCGAGCGAACAGGCAGCGAAGCAGCAAAAGAGGGCCCAUGCUGUUGCUCAGAGCGGCCGGAUGA